AUGGAAGACCGAGUUCACACUACUUUUACUCAAGCAGCUAAUGCUUUAACUACGCUCUUUAAAGACUCCCAACAUGCUUGCAAUCGUGCAUACAGCAAAGGAAGAGAAGACACAGCCCAAGAAAUAUUUAACAUGUGCUUGGAGUUAAGAUCUCAAGGACUGAAAUAUGUGAAUCCUUCUCUGUUCUUGGAGCGCUUCCACAGCUAUUCGCCCGAUAUGAAAAUCACUGACAUACCAGAAUCCAGAAAGCGCUGUCGAAAUUAA